UUUUUUUGGAUAUGAUGGAUCUUUACAACUUCGGUAAUUUCCUACAGGGUGGAGCAACUGCAUCUCUUGUUGAUAUAAUUGGGUCUGCUGCAAUUUUUACAUCUGGUGCUAAAACAAGUGGUGUUUUUGUCGAAAUCAACAUAUUUUACCUGGUUUCUGGGUAUCUUGAUAGAACUGCUUAAGCACAUAGCUUUAGAGACCCAUUGUAUAAUGUCGUUUGUUGUGAAUAAAGCUUGGAUGAAUGAACCAGACAUAUUUAGCAAAACAUAUAGAGAUGAGGUUAAAUUUUUUAUGAAUUAUGCAGCUAACUAUGGUUAUCCGGACACAACUUUUUCUUGCCCAUGCUCGAAGUGUCAAAAUGGGGAACGUCUGGAAAUGAGGGAGAAGUGAGAAGACAUCUUUACGAGAAGGGUAUCGACAGGAGUUAUGUUACUUGGGUUUUUCAUGGUGAAAAAGAGGGUGAUAGUGCGGUAAUGCGUCCAGGUAGUAAUCUUGUACCAAUUGAAAUGAAUGAUGAGCGGGUUAGAGAAGGUGUAAUACAAGAUAUGGGUUCCUUCGUCGAUGCUGCAUAUGGAGUUUUUGACAGGGGUGAUGGUGUUAGCGGUAAUGAAGAAUUUGAACCUGAUCAGUUUGUUCCUGAGACAUAUUUGGGUAAGCAAUAUAACAGGUACAAACAGUUGGCAGAAGACAAGUUGUAUCCUGGUUGUAAUACUAGCAUCCUAGCUGCAAUUGUGGAGCUGCACAAUGUAAAGAAGACAUAUAAGAUUUCAGCUAACUGUGUAAACAGUUUGUUGGGUGUGAUAAAGGGUUGGUUGCCGAAAGGAAAUAAUUUGCCAGUAAAAUACACGACAAUGAAGUCGAUGCUCAAAGAUCUGGGGAUGAAAGAAAAGUCCAUCCAUAUGUGUGAGAAUCACUGUAUUUUGUAUUACAAGGAGAAUGAAGACUUGACAAUGUUGAUUCCAGGUCCUAAGGCACCGGGGCAAGAUAUUGAUGUGUGUCUCCGAGUGCUAGUGGACGACCUCAAUGAUCUUUUUGAGAAUGGGAUAUCAGCUUUUGAUACGCAGAAACAAGAAUCGUUUCUGCUGAGGGCUUCUUUGAUGUUUGGUAUUCAUGACUUGCCAGCACAAGGUAAUAUGUCUGGAUGUACCACGCACGGCUAUUUCCCUUGUGUACAUUGUGCGGACAGGACUCGAAGUGCGUAUCUGCUGUACGCCAGAAAGGAAAUAUUACAUGCUAUGAAAAUUACUAUUUUAGUUUCGAUCUUAGAGCCAGGUUAUGCCUCGAAGUUGCCAGAAGAGGGUUUGUUUAAGGUUUUGGAGAAUAUUCGGAUGGAAUCUUUACCUUUAAAUGGAUAG